AUGAAUGGAGGAAUGGAUAGCAAAGGCAGGCGGACAGUUGCCACGAGGGGCAUGAGUAUGGGCAAUAUACUAGGUGAUCCUUUCGCGCUGGCGACCGUCUCGAUUGCGAUGCUAGCAUGGCUGAUCGCCUUCGUCGGCUCGGUAAUCGCGACGGCGGAGCAGUUGGAGAUCCCUUUCCCCAAUUAUUCGUGGUUUGCCGUCGCAUAUAUGCUUUGCGCCAUCAUUGGCGUAUUUGUAGUAAUUGCCUGGGAUGCAACGGAAACCUACAACGUCGCUGUCGUUGGUUACCUUGCUUGCGGGCUUGUCUUGACCAGCUCGUCAGUUAACUCGGUCAUAUACUCUUCGAAUGGCGCAAAAGAAGCAAACGCUGCUGGCCACAUUUUGCUUUCCAUGGUUAAUAUUGUAUGGAUCUUCUAUUUUGGAUCCAUGCCCUCUGCCCUACCCCGGGCCUACCUUGACUCUUUUGCGCUGCACAAAGAGCAUAGAGCUUCUCAGAGCGGAAGAGGGGUGAACAAUGGCUAUGCUGGCGGCCGUCCCGAUACCUCCAUCUCCUCCAACGUCCCCCCUCAAAUGUACACAUCUGCCCAGCUAGGAGGCUUCGAGAGUGCAUCCCCCGCACCAGGAUACUCAGGACUAGAACGGGACUCUUCGCAAGUUAAGUUCGGCAAUGGCAACCCAACCACCAACCAAGCCACAAGCGGACCUCUCACCGGCGAACCUACACCAGGAGAAGUUGUUGCACCUACAGAAUACCCAUACCGUGCGAAAGCCAUCUACUCAUACGAGGCCAAUCCCGACGAUGCCAACGAGAUUUCGUUCGCAAAGCACGAGAUAUUAGAAGUAUCAGACGUGAGCGGACGGUGGUGGCAAGCCAAGAAAGAAAGCGGAGAGACUGGAAUCGCGCCUUCGAAUUACCUGAUCCUGUUAUAA